AUGUUCAACACCCAAGCUCCUGCAGCGCAAAGCCACCGUCGCAAGGAGCAACCGUCGAUUCAUUAUCCAACGCCUACUAUGAACGUAACGAAACGCAAAUUUAAUGCCCUCCUCAAUGGAAUCGGCAACAAGUCCACCAUAUCAUUGUCAAAGGAAGUGAACAACAGCGAAGUCGACGUCGACCUGUCGACCACCAACGACGCCCAGUCAAAAAAACGAAGGAUCAGCAAUCCAAAGAGAGUUUCGAAUAGCAUAUCCUCCUCUCUUAUGAAUACCGCGAGAGCCACGAUCAUGAAUCACAAAAAAUCAGCCUCAAUGGCACACCCGGUGGCGUCAACGGAGCCUCCCAAAUAUGCCCCAUGGGACCGCGAGGAGUUCCUCAAGCGCUUGAAAUCAUUCUCAAAUAUUACUGAAUGGACGCCAAAACCUGAGAGGGUCAACGAGGUGGAGUGGGCGAAACGAGGCUGGGUCUGUCAGAAGCGCGAGAGAGUGCGCUGCUGCCUCUGCAACGUGGAGAUCCUGGUCAAGCUCAACAAGAAGGUGGUCGAUGGCAAGGAGGUCGAUGUGCUUGUUGCGGAUAACAUUGAAGCUGCAUUGGCAGAUAAGUACGUCGAGUUGAUCAUAACCUCACACGAUGAGAGCUGCUUGUGGAGGAAACGAGGAUGUGAUGACACCAUAUUCAAGCUACCUCUCAAUCACGCUCCUACGACCAUCGAAGCACUCAGCAAACGAUACCAAGAGCUCCUCCAGAGAAGCGAACAUCUGCCAUAUCUCUUCAACAUGCGACCUCCUCCAGAACUAGACUUGGAACUUGUCCUAAGCUACCUCCCGCCUGCCUUCUUUAGCAACCCUCCUUCCACGGGAAAUACCAGCAGUGCAUCGGCGGAUAUCAACAAGGUUGCCUUUCUAAUGGCUUUGGCCGGAUGGCAAGGCUAUGUACAUGAGCGACUUGGUGACCAACCUGCGUCGGCAUCUUGUCACGCCUGCUUCCGGGUUCUCGGGUUCUGGAUCUUCAAAAGCAAAGAACUGAACGAAGCUGGAGAAGAAGUCAGGGGAGCAGCCAUGAACUGCCUUGAUAUCCGGAAGCAGCACAGAAAUUAUUGUCCGUGGAGCAAUCCCGCAUCUCAGAACGGAAAGAACCCCGCCAAGAGCUCUACAAGUACUAUGGCCGGUUGGGAGAUCGUGGUGCGGAUUCUCAAGAACGAUCAUUAUUUGAGGACCUCGAAGGAUGCUCAAGCAGGAAAACCUCGCCCAUCACCGAAGGCAGUGGUUGCCUGCGAGGCGGCGCCAGCGGAAAUAGACGACGAGGAUGCAAAGAGUAUCAGGGAUGAAAAGGAUAAGGAGCGAUGGGCGAAGCUGAGAAGGGUCAAGAGCUUGUUCGACACCAAAAAACGGGGAAGAAGCAAUACGGCGGGCAAAUCAGCCGGGGCCUAG